AUGCCGCAGGUGGUGGAGGAUGGUCCGGAGCUUGACAAGCUCCAGGAAGACAUGCGGAACCUGCAGGACGGUAUUCGACAUCUUUUUACGAAUGACUUUAAAGGAGCCGAGAAGAUUUUUCGGCAAGGCGCGGAGUGCCCGCGGCCCAAAGGUGGUCGCGACACUCGCGGCGCCUUUGCUCUGAUCUACACGAUGGUCAGCUUUAUGUUUGGCUUACUUUCGUUUGCCAAUGACCAGCUGGAUGAAUGCUUGGCGCGCGUCUGGACAGCUGAAAGCUUGCUUCUGGAGGACUCACCCUGGGUCGGCCAGAAGAUGCUUUUGGGCAUGGUUUACCUGAUCGCAGGAGUAGUACAAGCUGCAAAGAACGCAUGGCUCAAGUCCGGCGUGAACUUGGUGCGAUCACUGCGGUACAUACGGGACUUCGAAGAAGGUCUGCGAUUCGAGGGCCCCGAGGCGACCUUCGUUCGGAGCUUCGCUGCUUUCGUCAUGGGCCUUUUCAACUUAGUGCUUUCCAUGCUGCCGCCCCAGAUGCUCCGAGUAGCAUCGAAGGCUGGUGGCCGCACGCUGCAGGGCAGUCGCGCGGAUGCCCUUCAGCUGCUCCACGAUUGUUACGUGCAAGAGGGCAUCAUGGCCCCCUUUGCGGUGCUGGUGCUUCUAGCCUACAACAUCUGGAUGAAAACAUAUCUCGGCGAAGCCAUAACUGCGGAUGACUUCGCAGCUUCCAACGUGUUUCUUCAGUGGGCGGCAGAGCGCUUCCCCGACAGUGCUGUCUUCGAAUUCUGGCAAAUGGAGCUCCACGUGAUUCGCACAGAGAUCCAUGAAGCAUCCAGGUGUGUCGAGAGAGUCCAUGCAGUUCUUGGCCACCUGGAGCUACCUGCAAUUGAUUCCUUUCUGGAGCAGAAGAAAGCCAUGUUCUCAUUGGCGCUGCUCGACUGGGCCUCUGCAGCUCAAGGUUUUGAGCGGAGCUUAGCUGUGAGCGAAGUGAAGCAGAGGCGAAGCUACGUGCCAACGUUGUCCUACUUGGCUGGGUUGUGCCGCGUGCUUUGCGACAGCCCUUCUGCAGCGCGCGAGAACUUCGAGCGAGUGCAGAAGUAUGCGAAGAUGAGAAAACGCAACUGGCCUCCUGAAGAUGACCUUGCAUUCCUGAAGGUCAAGGACCUCUGCGGAGGGACCUCAGUGGAGGCCACCCGUGCUCUCUUAGAGUUGGUCGAGAUCUCCAUGAUGAAGAUCCACGUCCUCCACACGAUGCCCUCAGAGGAAAAGGGACAGCUGAAGCAGAAGCUGCUGCAAGACCAUCCGACUCCUGCCAGCGAGACAGCCGAGGAGGGGGCCAGAGCACUUCUCUUCUGCGCGGAGAUCUCGCGCCUUCAGGGUGACAACGAGGAGGCUUUGCGCUUCGCAGCAGAGGCUGCGGCGCUUUUGCCAUCUCUUGGAUCCCGAGGCAAUUCCAACGGCACCGCUGCAGCUCUGCAUUUGACAAUGGCGCUGCUAGGAGUGGAAGGUCAUCUCGCUUUGCUCGACAAGUGCCCGAAGUGCUGCCGGGCCUACGAUGAUUCCAUCAAAUUCAAGAGGCUCGGGCUCGAACGGAAAAUCGCUGAUGGGAACAUCCCUAGCACUUCCAGUGGAGACCUCUCGGCUGCCUUGGAGCAGAGCACGGACGAUGCUUGCUGUGGCGAAGGUGAGGAAGAGUUCUUUUCGGCGGAAGAGGAGGAGGCAGAUGGCACGGAGGGGAUUUCGUCCUCUCCUUCAACUGCCAAGGGCACCUUCUGGAAUCGCUGGAGAUUUCUCAAGCCGCUCACAGUGGACACAGACCUUCCGGCUGACAGUCCUGGCGUCUCCUCGCCCUCGCAGACGUCGCUCAGCUGGGCUUCGGAGGUCGCGGUGAAGGCGCUGCGGGAUCUUGCCAAGAAGUCGGCGGUGGCUGGAGGAUACAUGGGGCACCAAGCCUCCGAGCAGCUUGGGCACUUGGCGAACUCCACCGGGUUUCGCAACCUUGCGUCUGCCGGAAGACGUGCCGCUUCCACUGGGAGCAGCCGGCUGCACUUGGAAGCCCUUCUUAAGCAGGCAGACCAGGGCGACUGCUCGGUGGUCUCCAUGCCAACUCCCUCUCCUGGAGUUUCAGAGGUGGAGGUUGUGGCCUACCUGAAAUGGGCUCACUGGAAUUCGCUGCGUGGAAUGACGCGACAUGAGGCAUUGCGACAGUACGGCAUCUUGACGUCCUGCCCUCCGUCGCCCGGUUCUGCCAAGCAGCUUCUGAGGCGGCAGGAGAGUUUGCCGCCUGCAGCUGAGCCGACAUGA